GCCUGCGCAUUAUGCUGGUCUCCAUGGCGGGGCCUCGGAGCCAAGACGAGAAAAUGCUGCUGUGAAGACCCAAUUAAAGCUUUCACAUAAAUGAAGCUACAGCUAUCAUGAUUCAGUGCCCCCAAAGAAAGAACUUCAGUGGACAAGAAAGGACAUUUCUGGGGUAGUAGAAUGCUUGAGGCCUGGAAUUUAAACCUGACCCACUAUCUGAAGCUGUUAAAUAAUAGAAGAAAAUGGAAUUGAAUAUGAUGUCAGCAUGGAACAAUCUAAUGAUUCAUUAAGAGUCAACCAUAAUGAUGGUGAAGAGUCAAAAACCAAUGCUCAAGUAUUUGAGCAUCUAACCUGUAUGGACUCCAGGGAUUCUUCCUUUGGACAAAAUGAUUCUCCUACAGUUUUGCCCAUCACUACUCCUGAAGCAAAUAAUUCACACGUAUCACAGAAUAUAACACGGCCCCUGACUCAGACACAGACUCUUUCUGCAGAGCACUUCCAUCUAGUGGACCAAAAUGGGCAAGCUAUUCAGUAUGAACUUCAGUCAUUGGGGAAAUCCAGUGCACAAAUGAUGAUUGUUGCCAGCCCUACAGAAAAUGGACAGGUACUUCGUGUAAUUCCAUCUACCCAGACAGCAAUGGCACAAGUGAUUAUACCUCAGGGGCAGCUUGUGGAUGUGAAUAGUCCUCGGGAUGUCCCUGAAGAGAAACCCAGUGACAGAAACUUAUCAACUGUAAGGGUGGAUAAUCUAGCAGACAAUACCAGCAAUUACAUUCUUCAUCCUCAGACAUCCUUCACAUUGCCCAAAAAGUCAGUGACCAGAAUGCUGGAAGAACCCCUUCUGGCGCCUCUUCAGCCACUUUCUUCUAACACACCUAUAUGGGCCUGCCGUCUUAGGAGCUGUGAGAAAAUUGGAGAUUCAUACCGUGGCUACUGUGUAAGUGAGACUGAAUUAGAAAGUGUCCUAACAUUUCACAAGCAGCAAACACAGAGUGUUUGGGGGACUCGUCAGUCUCCAAGCCCAGCCAAGCCUGCUACACGCUUGAUGUGGAAAUCCCAGUAUGUUCCGUAUGAUGGAAUCCCAUUUGUUAAUGCAGGGAGUAGAGCUGUGGUAAUGGAGUGUCAGUAUGGGCCAAGAAGAAAAGGUUUCCAGUUAAAAAAAGUCAGUGAGCAGGAAAGCAGGUCUUGUCAGCUCUACAAAGCCACUUGUCCAGCUCGAAUUUACAUUAAAAAGGUACAGAAGUUUCCUGAAUAUAGAGUUCCUACAGACCCCAAAAUUGACAAGAAAAUUAUCAGAAUGGAGCAGGAGAAAGCUUUUAACAUGCUAAAGAAGAACUUGGUAGAUGCUGGUGGUGUUCUUAGGUGGUAUGUACAGUUACCUACACAGCAAGCUCAUCAGUAUCAUGAAUUAGAGACUCCCUGCCUCACUUUGUCACCUUCUCCUUUUCCUGUGUCUUCUGCUGAAGAAGAGGAAACUGCAGUUAGAGAUGAGAAUUGUGCAUUACCCUCACGUUUACAUCCUCAAGUAGCCCAUAAGAUUCAAGAAUUAGUAUCACAGGGAAUAGAACAAGUGUAUGCAGUAAGGAAGCAGCUAAGAAAAUUUGUGGAAAGGGAACUGUUCAAACCCGAUGAGCUUCAAUGGACUACAGACAGUGGGAAUAUUCUCAAAGAGACCGUGACAGUUACAUUUGCAGAAGGAAAUUCACCAGGAGAAUCAAUUACCACCAAAGUGGAAACAAAUCAGACAGGGGGUUCUUUGUCUCCUGAGCCAACCCACUUGCUCUCCUCACUCUCCUCAUUUCAGCCCAAAAUAUUUACACAACUGCAGGGUUUGCAGUUACAACCAAGGUUCACCUCUCCUGAUGAAUCACCAGCUCUGAUAUCAGUAAAUAACCAGCCAUCCUCUAGUCCUUCAGGACUUCUGGAUCCAAUAGGAAGUGCUGUAAUGAAUAAUAAUUCUCUACUGCUUGGUCAAAGUCAUAGCCUUCAAAGAGAUACAUGCCUAACCCAAAACAAUAGUACUGCCUCCACCAUGGGUAACCUUCCAGAACCAGAUCAAAAUCUAGUUGGAAUGGACCAGCUGGUAGAAGUUGGAGGUGUUGAGGAUACAGGGAAUCUGGAAGGAACUGUUCAUCGAAUUCUGUUGGGAGAUGUGCAGACUAUUCCAAUACAGAUUAUAGACAACCACUCAGCUCUUAUUGAAGAAAAUCCAGAAAGUACCAUUUCUGUGAGCCAAGUUAAACAAGAACCCAAAGAACCAGCAUUGUCUAUGGAAGCAAAAAAAAUUGUGGACUAUUAGAAAUUAUCUGCUAUAUAAAUUAUUGAAGCUUUUCAGAAUUUACAACUCUGGUGACUUCUGAUGUCUUAGAAAAGAAGGUGAAUAUAGUCAAAGCGUGGCAUUGAGAUAAUUGGACUGAAGACCAGUUUGAUGAGAAGCUUUUAUUUAAAACUGAUGUAUUUAUUGCCAGUUACAUAUUUUUACCUUCCUUAAGAGAUGUUUUACUCUUCUUAUUUUGUAUAAUUUUUAUGCUCUUUGAUUAUCUAAUAAGGCCAGUAUUUCAAAAGCUCUUUUGAACUUAUCCACAGUAAUACAGUCUGAACACAAAUAAUUUAGUGAACUUAUCCUUGGAAAUAUUCAAUUUUGGUUCUUACAAAACAGAAAAGAACAACAGCAACAGCAACAUUGUGUGAAUGUAUGUUUGUAUGUGUGUAUGUAUAUCAUGAAUUUUUUUAAGUUCUGAAGGAACUUGUUCUCUCUUUAAAGUUGUGAAGAAAUUUUUAAUUGCCGGACAGGUAAGAAAAUGUUUAUAAUCUAUCUCAUUAAGAAAGAUGAAGUAUUAGAUUUUACAUCAUAACACAAAGUCCAGCAGCUAUAUCUGUGGAGACUGUGCAGUUGUAUUUUAGCCUCUUCCCUUCUAAUUUUUGUACUUUUAACUACAAACCAACAGUAUAUUAAUGGUUAUCUAAUAGAAAUUUAAAGUGUCUUGGUAAGUACUGAGAAUUUUUACUUGAAUUAAUCAGAUAAGCAACAGAAAUCAACAUAUGUAGCAUGGCUUUGUGCUAAAUUGGAAGUAAAACACUAUAGGUAGAAAGAUGUAGAAAUUGAGAGAAUUGAAAAAGAAUAAUAGAAUUCCUUGGUGUUUACAGAUAAUUUGGUAAACUUUUUGAUGACAGCAGAGGAUUUUUUUUUCCCCUUAUUUUGUAAUGAAGAUCCAGCGCUGGUUAAAAAAUAAUUUGAUUUGUAGUUACAUUUUUCUAUGCCAGAGCUCUUACUGAAUUGAUGGGGUAUUAGGAUUUCUAGUAUUUUAAGGUAAGUAUUUAUAGUUUAAAAUUUAGUUUAUAUUUAAAACUUUAAAACAUCUGAUCUGGGAUAUUUUCUUUGUUAAGUAAGUAUAUUAACUUCAAAUACCAAAUAAGUACUAAGCAGUAUAUUCAUUAUAAGCAUCUGUUGUCUAAAGAUUGAUACUAGGCUGGACAUGGUGGCUCAUGCCUGUAAUCAGGCUGGACCUGGUGGCUCAUGCACUUUGGGAGGCCUGGGUGGGUGGACCACCUGAGGUCAGGAGUUCAAGACCAGCCUGGCCAACA